AUGCGUGGGAUAGAUCAAUCCACUCGAGCCUUAACUGAUGCUAUGGAGAAACUUGCCGAGGCUCAAGCUGCUGCCCUUAAUACUCCUGUUACACCUGUUGCUGGCAAUGUUAGUUCAAAAACCGCUGUGAUUUCUAAAGCAAUUGACCAGAAGAAACCUUCUUCUUUUGAUGGUAAGGGUGACCCUACCAAGAUGGAGAACUGGAUUAGAGAAUUUGACAAAAUUUUUACCACUCUCCAAGUCCCUAAUGAGAUGAGGGUUGAUGCUGCUGCCUAUUAUCUGGUUGAGGAUGCUGAUAUUUGGUGGACUCACAACAAGUUUGAUUUGACUACUAAGGUGACUGUGGAUGAGGAAGGAGAAGAGCUCAUGGAAGAGAGAGAGUUUGGUUGGACUGAGUUCAAGAAGGCGAUUCGUGAUGAGUUAUUUCCAGCCCAUAUGAGGAAGAGGAAGAGGACGGAGUUUAAUGAUCUCGUGCAGAGAGAUAUGACCGUUCAUGAGCUCUAUGUGAAAUUCCAGGAGUUGGCUCGUUUCGCUAAGGGGUUAGUUCCUGAUGAGCAGGAGAGGGCUGUGAAAUUCGAGGAGAAGUUAGACCCUGAACUUCAUUCGAGGAUGGGAGCUGGUGAGUAUGCCAUAGUGAAGGAGGUGUACACUCGUGCUUGUAAUGCUAAGAGGAUUGAGGAAAAGAGACUAGCUGCAAAGAAGUUGAAAGCCACUCCAGUAGGGUCUACUCAGGCGACCGAAAAGGGUGAUACAUCUGGUUCCACUGGUUACAACAAAGGUAGAGGGGGUUUCAAUCAAAAUCGAAACUUUGGGAAUCGUGAUUCUGGUGGUAACUAUAACAAGGGAGGUUCCAGUUAG